AUGGAAGAAACUAUCAUCAAAGAAUCAAAAUGGAAGAAAGAAGAAGAGGAGGAGGUAAAGAUCCAAAUAUACAAGUAUGUAAUUGGUUUUGCAGAAGCAGCAGCAAUAAAAUGUGCCAUAGAGCUUAAAAUCGCGGAUGCCAUCGAAAGCCAUGGAAGACCGAUGUCAUUAUCUCAACUAUCCACAGCUUUAAACUGCUCCCCACCACUUCUACUUCGCAUCAUGAGAUUCCUCGUCCAUCGCCGAAUGCUCAUCACCGUUUUCAAAGAAGAAACCACAGCUGAAAAUGUCAUAGGCUAUUCUCAAACACCAUUGUCUCAUAUGCUCAUCACCGUGGCUCCCUUGCUUGUGCUUGAGAAUAGCCCAACAAUUGUUGAAUCAUGGCAUAAUCUUAGUGCAAGGUAUAAUGGUGUGGAACAUGUUGCUGGGAAUAUGCUUCAUUUUGUUCCAAAUGCUGAUGCUGCUUUCUUCAUGUGGAUUUUACAUGCUUGGGAUGAUAAAGAUUGCAUCAAAAUUUUGAAGAAUUGCAAGGAAGCUAUUCCAGAAGAUAGAGGGAAGGUGAUAAUCAUAGAUUCAGUGAUUAAUGAAAAAGAAGAAAAUAAGAUGCUUUCAGAUAUAAGGUUAACUUUGGAUAUAAUGAUGAUGACUCGUUCACAGAAGGAAAGAGAAAGAACUCAUGACGAGCGGACACACCUUCUAAUUAACAAGGCGAGUUUUAGUCGAUGCAUCAUUACAUCCAUUCCUCAUGCUGUUCCAUCAAUCAUUCAAGCUUUUAUGUCAUAAAUAACAAUUAUAUUGUUCGAAUUUUUAAGAAUAAGUUGAA